AGGAAAACAUAUAUACAGUAAAAGCUUCUAUUUCGUGUAAACAUUGAUUCUCUAUAAACUGAUUAUGGAUGCUGCUAUAUAUGUCCUUCUAAUUCUGGGAUGUAGCAUUGGAGUACAAUCUUUGGAACAGCACGAAUUUUUAGAGGCCCAUAACCUUGUAAGGCGGUAUGAAAAUGCUGCCAACAUGAAAGAAAUGAAAUGGAAUGACGAAUUAGCCUCUCUCGCCCAAGAUUGGGCAAAUGCUUGCAUAAGGGGACACAAUCGUAACAGAAAGACUCGACAUUUCAGGAAGAUUGGCGAAAAUAUACACAGAAGUACCCGUCAAAAAACAGGUUUUGAAGCAGUAGCCAGCUGGUGCAAGGAGAGGGCUCAUUAUAAUUUUGAUAAGGACUCUUGUACUGGUGUAUGUGGCCAUUAUACACAGGCAGUAUGGGCUGAAUCGGAAUAUCUCGGUUGUGCUGUAGCAUUUUGUCCUCAUUUCUUUCGCGGGAGAGGUGGUUACAACUAUGUAUGUAACUAUGGACCAAGGGGUAACUGGAGGGGAAAGAAACCUUACAUUCCCGGGCAUCGAUGUAGUCAAUGUCCCAAAGGCUACAAAUGCCAGAAGGGACUGUGUGCCAAACAGGACUCGUGAUUCAAUGUAAUGGAAAAACCUCUUUAGGAAGAGAUAUGUACAAGGCUUAUGGAGGGGACUAGUAUAACUCUGUCCCCUUGCUCAAUUGUAUAUCAUGUAAAAGUUUGAUAUAUUAAAAUAUUGCUUAAAAUAA